ACUGGGCUCUCCAGUUGCCUAGGCAACAAAUUGUAAACUUCCCCAGGAUUCUCCCCUGAGAGCCAGCCAGAAACAAGAUGGCAAAGCUGAUGAGAAGGGAAAUCACCUAGCUUGCAGUAGUGGUGUGACAUGGACAAAAUCCUUGAUACGUAUCAACUGACUAGCAAAAAGAAAAGGGCUAUCUCCCCUGUACUUGAGCCUAAAGGCCUGAGCUGUUGUUCCAUUCCUUUCAAAUUCCAAACCACAGUGAUCUCCAAUUCCGAACGGAAGGGCUUUAACUCUCAGACCAAGAGAUUUCCGUAUAUUGAGAAUGAAAAUCCAGGUCCAGGAUUCUAUGAUGUAAUCGAUCAAUCAACACUUCUCAACAAUGUCUCCCAGUCCCGGAAAGGAACCUGUUUUUUCCCUUCCUUGUUUAACAUGGUCAAUAGUCUUAUGAAUGUGAUGACAACUCAAAUUUACCUCACCACAGAGAUGAUAUGUUCAAUCUUUGACACAGAUGUGGAUACACGUAUCGCUCGCCAGAGAAUCCACAAUUUUCCUGCUGCAAAUGCCUACAACCUCCCACCUACCCUGAUUUCCAAGCGAGACUUUAGCCUGGGGUAUUCCAGUAUGUUUCAGCGACCAAUUGCCAGGAAGAUUUCAAAAAGAUCCACUCCAGCCCCCAACCAAUAUAAUGUCUCGGUGGACCUCAGCAACAAAGGCCGCAACACUGGUGCCAAGUCAGUGUUUUCAUCUAAAACUAAACGAGCGCUGGCACUCGGUAGCAAGGAGCAUGUGCCUUCUCCCUGUCAUUACCGAGUAAAGGAUUCCUUCAUACGGCAGGCGCCUACAGUGCUGGUGUCCUGCUUCAGAUCCAAAACAAGCCGUGAAACCAAGACAGAGACGCUGAGCCCGGGGCCAGCAGCCUAUCAGCAGCCAGCUGGCAUCCCAGUCACGCCAUCCAGGAAGUUCCCUGGCCUGCGAAAGUAUGGCUUGAACUUCUCAGCCCCAGCUGCCCCUCGCCCCAAAACGCCCCCUGCACCUGGGCCUGGCCAGUAUGAAAUAGUAGACUAUGAGAGUCCUACCAAGCAUUAUAUCUCCAGUGCCGUCUUCGUCUCAAACACAGGCCGUUGGGCAGCUGAUAAAUCCCACGAAGACAUGCCUGGCCCAGGGGCAUACAACAUCCCCGUACCACAAAAGCAAUCCUUCAUCUACAACACCACCAAUAAAUGGGUGCCAGUAUUGUAAAGCUGAGGAUCCUGCAGCAUCGGUUUGGCAAGCGCUCUUAUUUGCAAGUGCUGCAUUUCUUUGUUGUUGUUGUUUUUCAAAAAGAACAAACGAAUAUUGCAUUCACUUGCAUGUGAACAAGACAUGAUACCCACCUGUUUGAAAUCCUGUAUUUCCUUGGUGGGUGGGAGUGGGCCCUGAGUUGCUCCUGUUUUGCACACAUGACAGAAGAUGAGUUUUGGAUAUAGAGAAUGGGUUUUGUUUAUUGUUAGUUUUAGUUGGAGAGUGGAUUGUUCAUGCCAAUAUUUAUUUAUAAAAAUUAAGAAGCCUGA